AUGGCACAGCACGAGCAUUCAGGAAAGCGAGCGUUCGAGCAACACCAGGCGGUAGAUUUGACGACAAAUAUAGUAUUCAAAUCAUCCCUAUUGCGGGACUUAACCAUAUUGCGGAAUGCACUUGUCAAGAUUUGCUUACAAGCAGACCACAUUUGCACCAUCAAUCCCAUCGACGAUAUCGCCAAAACCUUCUCUGUCACCUCAGGGACCAACCCGUUCGAAAGUCUCAACUGCACUUUCCCCCUCAUUCGGACCACGUUCCUGGAAUUGUGUGGCCACGGGGCUCUCAAUUCUGGACAAGCAUGGCCACUGCUCUUCAACAGCCAGUUGUAUAGGUGCGAUACGCGGCCCUUGGGCAGUACUUUCCCGCAGAUACCAUGUGGCAUGAUUGGGCCAUCCCAGUUUGAUUUAACUCCAAGACAAGGUGAUCUUGUGCGCAAGCAUCGAUCAGACACCAAUCCAGAUCGUGGUUCACCAUAUGAGCUCUGGACAGAACCAUCACAGCACACGACACAGAAUCUCAUUGUCAAGAUACGACUCCAAACACGCGCCCCACUUCGCCUGGGCCCGCUCAACUUCUCGCAUUUCUCGGACCCAACGUCGCGGAAUACCUGCCCUGCACUGCCUGCGCGCAUCUAUGACUAA